AUGGGAAUUCAAAUGAAGAAGCAAUGGCUUCAAUUUGCUUGUGCUUUGGCAUUUUUCUUGAUUGCCACAUGCACUGUGGCCUAUUCACCUUAUUCUUAUGAAUCAUCAGAUUCAACAUACAAUAAAGUACCAACCACGGUAGUUAAAAGUGAAGACUUCAAGGUACCCUCAGAGUCGGAAAAUGAAUAUAAGUCGUCAUUUUUUUCAAAGAAUGAUUACUACAAGAAGACAUCAGUUUCAGAAGAUAAUUAUAAGAAAGUACCCUUGGUUCCCGAACAUGAAUCAUUCUUGCCAAAGAAUGACUACUACAAGAAGCCAUCAUUUUCAGAAGAUAACUACAAGAAGGAAUCAUAUGUUCCAGAAGUACCCUCGAUGGCUAAACUGGAAUAUAAGAAGUCAUUUUUUCCAAAAUUUGACUACUUCAAGAAGCCGUUAGUUUCAAAAGAUAACUACAAGAAGGUGUCAUAUGUUCCAGAGGUACCCACAAAGCCUAAACCGGAAUACAAGGUACCAUCUUUGCCAAAGAAUGACUACUAUAAUAAGCCAUCAGUUCCAGAAGACAACUACAAGAAGACGUCAUAUGUUUCAGAGAUACCCUCGAUGACUAAACCAGAAUAUAAGGAGUCAUUUUUUCCAAAAUUUGACUACUUCAAGAAGCCAUCAGUUCCAAAAGAUAACAACAAGAAGGUGUCAUAUGUCCCAGAGGUAACCACAGAGCCUAAACAGGAAUAUAAGGUACCGUCUUUGCUAAAGAAUGACUACUAUAAGAAGUCAUCAGUUCCAGAAGACAACUACAAGAAGACGCCAUAUGUAUCAUAUGUUCCAAAGGUGCCCUCGGUCCCUAAAGAAGAAUACAAGGUGCCUUCUUUGCAAAAGAAUGAUUACUACAAGAAGCCAUCAGUUCCAGAAGAUAACUACAAAAAGGUAUCAUUUGUUUCAAAGGUACCCUCAGUGACUAAAGAAGAAUACAAGGUGCCUUCUUUGCAAAAAAUUGACUACUACAAGAAGCCAUCAGUUUCAGAAGAUAACUACAAAAAGGUGUCAUUUGUUCCAAAGGUGCCCUCAGUACCUAAAGAAGAAUACAAAGUGCAUUCUUUGUCAAAGAAUGACUACUACAAGAAGCCAUCACCUUCUUCUUCAUCACCACCACCUCCAUAUUAUUAA